UAUGUCUAUGGCUAAUACAUAUACUGUGGUUACGUCGUCAGUUUUGUGCCUGAAGACAAAGGAGUGGUAUGUAUAUAUGUAGUAUUCAGUAGUAUGUUGAGAGAGACGAAAUAAAGGAAGCAAAGAAACAAAGUUUGUAAAGCUAGUAAAGACGGUAACAAGCUCGCAUAUAACUAUUUUAUUAUACCGAACAUUAUUGUUGAGCGUUUGUUGAAAUUGUGUGUAUAAAUACUUGUGAGAAAGGCAUCACUAGAAUUUAUUCCGCACAACAUAUUAUUUUAUUUUUGAGAUAUAUAUGAAUUACUAGACGAGUAAAUUACUAAAAAAUUUUUUUGGUUUAAAUUGUGUGCAGUUACAAAGGAAUGGGUAAUUCCAAAAGUAAAAACGAACAUGAUAAUUAUAACACAAAGUAUAGGCAACCCACUGAUAUAGGCAGUCACAUAGGCAGUGGUUUCAUAAUAAUAAAGAAAGAUGAUACCAUUACGGGUACCAAAAGCGUUCCAUAUAAUUCAUUUAAAAAUAAUCAUGAAGCAUACAAAACUGCCAGUGAAAAAAGAACGCAAGGUUUAUUUCAUGAAUUUGAUAAGUCACAUAACUUAACAUGUAAUGACAAAGUUAAUGUUCAACCUAAAUUUAUGACAGAGAUCUAUGUCAAUAAAGAAAAAUGCAAUAAUGAAAUUCAAACAAUUUAUCUGAAAAAUAAGUCUGCAAUUGAAACAACUGCACCAUCUAAAAUAUCUACAAAAGAUGACUUUAUGACAGAAUGGUUUUCAUGGAAAAAUGAAUUCCUCACAUACAUGAAAUUAAUUGAUCAAGCAGAGAGUAAUAAACAAAAGUGGGGUAUAAUGCUCUUAAAUCGUAUGGGUCCUAUCGGCCAAGAAAUUUAUAGAAGUUUUACAUUUGAUAAGGAUCACACUGAAGGAAACAUAGAUACAUUGCUAAGAAAGUUCGAUUUCUAUUGCAUAUUUGGAGGUAGAAAAAGAGGAGAUGAUGAAGAUAUCGAUACAUAUGUCAAUAAUUUGACGGUAAUGGCGUCAAAAUAUAUGACUAAUACAGAUGAAAUAGUGAAAGAGAAAAUUCUGAUGGAAAUAGACAAAGGUAGAUUUACAAGAAAAGCUGAAAGUUUAAUUUUGGGAUUCUCAUUUCCAUCGUGCAAACAAUCGUUAACUGUAAAAGAAAUGACAUAUAUUUGGAUGUCAUAUGAGAACGCAAACUUCAAGCGAAGUGAGGAAAUCCACAAUUUUUUAGUUAAAAACUGCAAUAAUUGUGGAAGGACACAUAAAGUAAAUAAUUGUUAUGCUCGUGGAAAACGAUGUAAUAAGUGCGGUAAUGAGAAUCACUAUUGGACAAGAUGUCCGUCUCAAUUUUUCGCUAAUUGCUUAUAUUGUGGGGAAGGUCAUUUUGUUCGAGAGUGUCCUGCUUAUCUGAAUGAAUGUAAUAGAUGUAACAGAACAAAUCACUUCUCCUGGAAAUGUUCGAUUGCAAAAAUUUUAAAUUGCAACUAUUGUGGUUUAACACAUAUUGCAUCUAAAUCUGCAUGCCCUGCAAUAAAUACUAUAUGCACUAAGUGCCGUAAAAGAGGACAUUUUCCAAUAAAAUGUUUCAAAAAGUGAACACACACAACAAUUUAGGAGUAUCACCUGAAUAGCGUACUCCUUCCAUUACAUAAGAAGAUGAAAGUUUAUGAUAUAAAUUUUAUAAAAUAUACACAUUAUUUGACAUAUAUUAUUUUGAUACACAUUAUUGUUACAUUUGUGGAUAUAAUGUUAUUUUUUAUAUUAUCUUAUUCUUAUUUUUCUAUGCGAGAUAAUUGAAUAGAAUGAUAUUCAUUUUUUCUAUAAUCUCUUAAAGAAUAUAAAGAUUUAAUAUAGAAGCUAGAGAUGCAGACUGUUCCCGGUAGUGCCGCGAAUUUACCUCGGUGCAGCGCAUUACUAUAGGUACGUUGUCGUGUCGCAAAAAAGAGAGCGUGCGUAAUUGCGCAAUUAAAGGCAGCCACACGAUUACUGAACUCCCAACGAAAAUAUGCCGCAGAUUGAUAUGGAGGAAAACAAUUAAGAUUAUACUUAAUAGAUUUUAAAAAAAGUAUAUUAAUCUUUAUAUCGUUUUAAAAAAUAAAUAUUUUCUUCUCUGUCUUUAUUUUUGUAAAUUUUAAUAUGUUUGAAAAUUAAAUGUCAAAAAAAUUAAAUAAAAAAAGAUUAUGUUUGUA